AUGGACCACAAAUCAGUGAAAUUUAAUGAAUUUAAUCAAAAAACGGAUGUAUGGGACAAUUACAUCGACCGGUUAAAGUUUUGUUUUGAGGCUAAUGGCAUCAUGUUAGACGGCGCCAAACGAGCGAAUUUCUUUACUGUGUGUGGAGCGGAAGUCUUUGAGACUCUUUUGGCCUUGAUUACACCAAGGAAAGCUAGUGAUGUGACAUUUGUUGAAAUUGAAACAAUUUUAACAAAACAUUAUAGCCCAAAGCCAAAUGAAAUCUCCAUGUCAUAUAAAUUCUACACACGGAACCAGAAUACUAAUGAAAAUGCAUCAGAAUAUAUUGCACAGUUGAGGAAAAUUAGCUCAAAAUGUAAUUUUAUGGAAUUAGAACGGAUGCUACGUGACCGGCUUGUGUGUGGUAUGAAAGAUCGUCGUCUACAGUAUGAACUCUUGAAAAAAGAUAACCUGCAUUAUCAAGAUGUUAUUGAUGCCAUGUUAGCAGCAGAGACUGCAGGAAAAGACUACCAUAUGAUUCAUUCAUCUAUGGGUACAGAAAAUAGCAGCACAAGUACAAACUGUGCAGCAGCAACAACAACUCAAAGCUCCUCAGUGGAAGAGAUGGACAUAAAUGCAGUACAAACUAGAUCAAAUACACGACUAUGUUUUCGGUGUGGUGAUCGUCAUGGUGGUGAAUGUAGAUUUAUAAAUGCCACCUGUCGGUUCUGUAAGAAGCGAGGCCAUAUUGAGAAGAUUUGCUUGGUAAAGAAGAAAUCUUUAAAGAGAAAUAUUAAUUUCACAAAUGAUGAACACACAGAUACACACUUGAAUGGUAUUUACAGCAUUAACUGUGAAACCAAAGUAUUACCAUUUGUUGUUGAAGUAUCAUUGGAGAAUAUACCUGUUGUGAUGCAGGUAGACACAGGUGCAAGUUUUUCAUUAGUAAAUGAAUGCACUUGGAAGAAUAUAGAACAUCAGAACCAACAUAUAACUCUUCAACCGGUGAACCUUACUCUACGUACAUGGACAGAUACACCUGUAAUCUUACUUGGCCAAGCUAAACUACAAGCUCAAUACAGAGACAUCAAAUGUUCACUAAAUGUUAUUAUAGCAAAGGGUCGGGGCCCCAAUCUUCUGGGAAGGGAUUGGCUGGGCCCAUUGAAUAUCGCAUUGAAUAUCAAUGUUAUAGCUAACAAUGAUCUUGUGAACAUUGAGAAGACAAUUUUAAAAUACAGCAACAUCUUCAGGGAUGGACUGGGCACAUUUAGGGGAGAUCCAGUGACCAUACAUCUCAAACCUGGUGCUACACCUAAGUUUUUCAAGGCUCGUCCAGUACCAUAUGCUAUCAAGGCUAGAGUUGAAGAGGAAAUUGAUCGCUUGGUGGCUGAAGGUGUACUGAGGCCUUUAUCUUAUUCAGAAUGGGCAACACCUGUUGUGCCAAUAAUAAAGAAGUCUGGAGACAUUCGGUUAUGUGGAGAUUACCGUAGUACUGUCAACCAAGCAACUGAGUCGGACACCUACCCCAUGCCAACAGCAAAUGAGGUAUUUGCUACAGUUGCAGGUGCGAAGUUCUUUACAACCUUAGACCUUGAUAGAGCAUACACACAAGUGAAAGUUCAAGACAGCACUGCUAAAAUGUUAACAUUAAACACAUGCAAGGGUCUCUACUCCGUACAUCGGUUACCUUUUGGAGUCAAAGCCUGCCCUGGAAUAUUCCAGAGACUCAUGACAGCAUUGCUAGCAGGAGUUCAAGGAGUGGCAGUCUUAAUUGAUGAUAUAAUUGUAAGUGGUCCUACAAUGCUGGAAAUGCAACAACGACUUGAAACUGUUCUAGACAGGAUACAAAAGGCUGGAUUUCGUCUUAACAAGAGCAAAUGUAAAUUUGCUCAAGAAAAAGUAGAAUUUUUAGGUUUUGUGAUUAAUGGAGAAGGUAUCCACCCAGCUCCAAGUAAAAUAGAAGCUGUAGUGAAGACGCCAGAACCACAGAAUGUCCAGGAGUUACAGGCUUUCUUAGGACUGUAUAAUUUUUAUGAAAGGUUUAUACCCCACAAGGCAACUAUACUUGAGCCAUUACAUAGACUACUAGAUAAGUCUCAAACAUGGCAAUGGACUCAACGGGAACGAGAUGCAUUCAAUAAAGCUAAACAGUUGCUUACAUUUGAAACCACAUUAGUUCAUUAUGAUUUAUACAAACCACUAAUUCUUACGUGUGAUAGUUCACAAUAUGGCGUUGGGGCAGUGCUAUCGCAUGUGAUGGAAAACGGACAAGAAAGACCGAUCGCAAUGAGUUCUAGGACAUUAAAUUCCCACGAACGACGGUAUUCACAGUUGGACAAAGAAGCGACUGCCAUUAUGUUUGGCAUUAAAAAGUUUCACAAUUAUUUAGCGGGGAGGAAUUUUACUGUGAUAACCGACCACAAGCCCCUACUUGGAAUAUUCGAUCCAAAAAGGCCAAUGCCAUGUAUUUUAUCACCUCGUUUGACAAGAAUCGCAAUAGCAUUAACUGCGCACGAUUAUAGCAUUGCUUAUCGACCAGGAACUGAAAUCGGCAAUGCAGACAGUUUAAGUCGAUGGCCGCUACCUGUACCAGAUCAAGAGGAACAACCUCUCUAUGAAAUACUACUGAUGGCGGAAAAUCUUAGUGAUUUCCCUUUUACCGCGCUUGAGAUAUGCUCUGAAACGAAGAAAGAUCAAACUCUCUCCCGAGUUGUUCACUUUCUACAAAGCGGAUGGCCAAACAAAGUUAACGAUCGUGAUUUACGAGUAUAUUGGUUACAUAGAUCAGAGCUCUCUCUACAAAAUGGUUGUGUAUUUUUAGGUUGUCGUGUCGUCAUACCACGACCUCUUCGACAAACCAUCUUACGCAUGCUGCAUACUACGCAUAAUGGAAUUGUGCACACAAAAGCAUUGGCCCGAAGUUAUGUGUGGUGGCCACAAUUGAGCGAUGAUAUAAAUGAAUUAGUAAAUAAUUGCACUCGGUGUCUAGAAAAUAGACAUAUGCCUCCAAGAUCAUCACACGAGUGGAUCGUUCCUUCAAGACCAUGGUCCAGAAUACAUAUUGACUUUGCAGGACCAUUUAUGAAUAAAACUUUUCUUAUAGUAGUUGAUGCUUUUUCUAAAUGGCCUGAAGUGCUAAUGACAAAUAGUACUAACUCGGCAUCAGUGAUUCGUCAUUUAAGGAACUUAUUUGCUACUCAUGGUAUUUGUGAAACCCUGGUAUCAGAUAACGGAACUUCUUUUGUGUCCGCAGAAAUGAAAUUGUUUUUAGAAUCUAACAAAAUUAGACAUGUGACAUCCGCACCUUAUCACCCGGCCACUAAUGGCUUGGCAGAACGGAUGGUACAGACAGUGAAGGAAAAGCUUCGGAAGAUGGAUGGAUCAUGGGAAAUAAAAAUUCCAAAUAUGUUACUAGGUCUUAGGGUGACUCCGUGUUCUAAAACAAAUAAAAGCCCUUCGGAACUUUUGAUGAAUAGACGCCUACGCACGGUCUUAGAUUCUUUGCACCCUGAUAGCCUGCAGUAUAAAAAGGUUGAAGGUCAAAUAAUAAAUAAUGCACAACAGAAAAACAGAGAAACUAAUGUGGGACAAAAAAUAAUGUACAGAAAUUACACAAACGGGCCAAAAUGGUUACCUGGUCAAGUUUUCGAAAAAGAUGGCCCAUCUAAUUACAGAGUACAAACUGAAGAUGGUGCAGUUUUACGGCGUCAUAUAGAUCAAAUAAUUAAAGUACAAAAUAGAGAGAAAACAAGUGACAUACUUGGAGGAAACAACAAUGAGAGGAGUAAUGCAGAGACUGAGGAAGAUAAGAUUGAUCAAAAUGAACAGAAUAAUGAUUUAGGAAGCGGAUCAGAGCAAGAGUCAGAAAAUGAUCCUAUUAUUGAAAUACCAAGUGCAGAAAAAUGGGAAGAGAUGUUAGGAAUACCUAAAUCAGCUGAAAUUGAAACGUCAGGGGGGAAGAUCAGAACUAAACGAAAUGUUCAUUCUAAAGUUCCAUAUUCUAGACCCAGUUGUUUUAAUGAAAAUAAUGAUUAA